ACAGCACAACCGUUAUGUAUAGUUGUUGUUUUACCAGCCAGCUGUAAAUAUGGAUAUAAGAAGACUGCGGCCGAUUUCCUGCCUAAAUCAGUAUUAAGCGAACUGUGAGCUCACAUGGAAGUCAGUUAAGUGUCUUGACGAUACGUUGACCGAAAGUCUUUUGAAGUCCAAAACCAAAACAAAAAAAAAAAAUUUAAAAACAACAAAAAAAGUUAAGGUAAAGGUAAUUUUUUGUGUGUUGCAAAGUAAAACCACAACAACAACCGGUUAGCGACCAACAACUAAGCUGUCAGUCAGCAGCGGUGCGAACAAAAGCAACAGCAACAACAACAAAGAGCUUCAAUGCAAACUAACGCCAGCUUAAGGAUUGUACGCCUAAAAGUGUGUUGCGUUUGUGCAAAAAUCUAAGCAAACAGCUAUUAAAUGCAACAAAGUUGUAAAACAGUUAAAACCGCAAAGUAAAUAAGUACGUGCAGUUGCAGUUUUAAAGGUUUUUGUCAAGAAAAAACAAAAUUUUCGUUGUGAAAAAAAUUUUCAUGCAGCGAAAGUGAAGUGUGUUGAAGUGGAGUAGCCGCCACCAGCGACGAGCAAGAAAAAUCAAUAUCCGUCUAAAGUUUAUAACGGUUUCAACGUAAGAAAACCAACAACAACAACAGCAACUAUUACUACGAAAAAAAUUCACCAGGAAAAAAACUCAAAAAUUCAGUUUUAAACCUCAAGUAAAUACACACAAACGUACUCCACACAUACCAGACAUUAAUCAAAGACUUUAAACACGCCAAAUAGAAAAAAAAUACAAAUAAAUAUAAACUAAUAAAUAGUUUCACACAAAACUUAAGCUAAAUAUACACUAAUUUGCUUACAUAAAUACCCACUUAACCAGCAAAACCAAUAUAAAAUACAAGUAAAAUUAAUUAAAAAGACUGUGUAUCGUGUAUAUAUAUGUAUGUAUAUGUGUUUCGUGUAAGGUUAUGUGCAAUCAAUGCUUAGUCGCUUGAAAAGACAACAAACGAAAAGGCAGUAAAAGCAGCUAAUUUGCAUAAGACAAAAAAACAACAACAACUAUAAUCGCAAAAAAACAAAUAUUAAAAUAAUUCGAGAAAAAUUCAAAACUAAUUUUGAAAAAAAGUUUCAAAAAAAUUUAAAAAUAGAAUUGAAAAAAUUUCGAAACAUAUUUAAAAGAAAGAAUAAAAAAAGUCCGAAAACAAUUUUGAAAAAAUAUCGAAAAACCUUCGAAAAUCAUUUCGAAACAAUUUUGCAUUAAUCCAGCGUCAAACGCUAAAGUCCAUUUUUCGAUAUUAGCGCAGUAAAUACAAAUUUAAAUACUUAACUAAAAACAUAAAACAAAAAUAGCCAAAAGUUGUUUAAUUCGCAGCGUCGUAGGAAAAUUUUGAAAUAUAAAAUUUUGGUGCAUUAAUUGCGUAAUUAUAUAAGCAUAAUUGUCAAAAAAUAAUACUUGAAAAGCAUAAUUAACUGCGUGCUUCUUCUUCUCCAUCCAUCUUAUUUAAAAGCUUAAGUAAAGAGUUCAAGCUGAGGCGUAAUAUAAAUAAAGAUUUUACGACUCUUGGUGAACUACAGAAGCCAGCAGCUGGUUAAUAAAACAAAAAAGGUUUAAUUUAAAAAUCAUAAACCCUUCGGUCAAACUGCACGCUAAAUAUUAAAAAAAAGGAAUUUAAAUACAGUUAUUAAUGAAAUAUAUCAACAAAAAUCAUUAAAGUAUUUACAAGUCCGCAGCAAAGCAAAGCAAAACUAGAAAAAAUAAAGAAAUAUAAAAUAAAUUAAAGAAAAUAAAAAAUACUAUACAGCGCCAACUACAACAACGCUAGCCACAAAAAAAAAAAUACGAAAAAAAUUUAUUGAAGGAAAAAAAAAGAAUUUUGAAAAGUUAUUAUUGCAUUAUUAAAGUUUUAAAGCUUGUGAAACACCCUGUAUAACAGUCAAAAUAAAUAUUAGUUACAAAAACAGCUAAUAUAUAAUAUAAUUUACUUGUAAAGUUGCAUUUGCAACUGUGUGCAACGAAAACCAAACAACAAUAAAAAACUUCACUUUCAAAAACUCUUUUCAAUAUAAAAAACACCAACACAUAAGCAACAAAAGUGCUAAAUAGAAUUUGCAACUCACGCGCUUUUCCAAUUUCCAUUUAUAAACGUUAAGCAGUAUUGCUGCACAUAAAUAAUAACAACAAACAGCGCGAGCAACAACUGCAUAGACAAAGUGGAGUCGCGCGCCUCAACUCGCAGGCGACUACAUAACAAACUGUAAAUAAAACAACGAGAAUUAAAAAAUUUAGUGCAGAAAAUUUUGCGCGCACUGCUAGAAUUUCUAGACGAAACGUUGCGGUUGUGCACGAACAUCAGUUAGUCAACGACGGCGCUUGCCACAAGUGACUCGCAGUAGACGCCGCAAGGCCGCAAGAACUGUUUGUGAAGAGAAGCAGUGAAGAAGCGAGAAGUAAAUAAUUGAGAAAAUAUUUGAAAACUGUUUACGAAUGGAUUUUUUUUAUAAAAUUUUUAAGCAUUUCUGUGAAUGUGAUAUAGUGCGUUCAUGAACCCGCAAACUAGCCAAGACACAUACCAGUUAAAGUAAAACGCCCCCUAUAAAACCAAAAGCUAAGAAAGAAAAGACUGAUUUUGAAUUGAAACUUCCAAGAAGUACUCAAAUCAAAGAAAACUUGUAUAAGUUGAGUGUUGAGCAUAGUGUCGAGAUAAAGCUGUAAAAUCGUAGAAUUGUGUGGUUUUCAAAACGACAACAAUUCACGUUGUGUGUAUUUCGAGCAGAUUCCUGUUAAACAGUAUCAUAAAAAAGUGACGAAAUUGAAAGGAAAAAAGAAGAAACUCUAAACUAAAUUCUUAAAAGCUAAAACAGACUAAAGCAAAAACUACAGGGAUACAAACCAAACCGGCAAAACCAAAAUUUUGAAAUUGAACUCAGUGAUUUGCAAACACCUUUGAAAUCACCGCUGCGCUGCUGCUGUAGUGUUACAACUGUAAAACCGUAACGCCAACGAAUACCAAAAAAAAUCCAACCAAAACCCGAAAACCGAUUCUAGCGCGCCACCCACGAGACGCCACAAACCAUGGCCAACGGCAACGGCAACAAUGCCAGCGUCGCCGCAACUAAUGGCGAAGGCAACGGCUUGGCAACUAAUGGCGGCACAACUACAACUACGACUAAUGGUACUGGCGCAACGGUGGCCGAGCACUUGAAUGGCAGUGGCACUGAGAGCGUCGUAAAUACCAACACCGCCGCAGCAGCGGAUGCUUUGGCAGCUGUUGGCGCAGCAGCUGGAACUGGCGAUGCAACAGAUGAUGGUGUGGCUGGUGAUGGUGGCGGUGUUGGUGGUGGCGUUGUUGGUUUGGGCGGCGCCGCUUCCACCUCAUCUAUGGGCGGCGAUGAUGCUGGCACCGAUGCGGGCGCCAGCUCAUUGCCACCGUCCGAAGAGGCGGGCGGUCGUCCACCACUCGAUACCGCUUGCUCUGAUGGCGGUGGCGGUCCAUCGAGUUUGGGCGGUGGUAUGGUUGGGCCACCAAGUCCACUAACCGGUUGUUAUUUGCUGAUCGUGCUGGGUGAGCCACAUUCGGAGGAUCAUAAGGAUAAUAUAUUGCAGCAUUUGUUAAAGGGUUUUCUCUCAUGGGACGUCGGUGAUUGUCACGUCGAUUUGGAAGAGGAAUUGAAUACGAUCACGCAACACGCACCCGAAGGAGAGGAAGCUCGUCACGGUAAGUCUGAUUUACUUAGGUAAUACAUAUGAUAAAA